CCGUCCGGUCCGACGGCGAUGGCUCCUCAGUGACUUUUUUCAGUCUAACCAGAGGAACCGUUCCCCGUCCGUUGGCAGCGUCCGAAUUCCGAAAUUUGAACCUCCCAAGCCCGGAAGAAGCAGGUGCCAUUUUUACUCCUAUUAAAAAAUCGCCGGAAAAGGCCUCCCCUUUGGCCUGCGCGAUUCGAGAUUUCGGAGCACCGCGGGCGGCGGCCGGAUCGGGGUGGCGGCGCGGUUCGGUCGCCGCUGGAGCGGAGCGGAUGCGCGUGCGCCGCGCCCCCGGAGAGACUAUGACCGCUUCUCCCCAUGUGAAAAAACUCCUUGUAGACCUUCGAGGGAUUUUGACAUUGUGAUGAAUCUUUGGGCCCUUCCAUUGCUUUUUACUACAAGUGGGGAUUGAGUUUUCAGUCUUCACUUACAAUGACGAGUGAAAAGCAAAUGGCUUCAAAGGGCACGGAGGCUUCAGCUCCUGCUGUUCCUCCUGAUGGAGCAGUCAGCAGAGAACCUCAAAAGGGGCGAUUGCCCAAUGGGAGGACAACUGGUCCAGCACGUCGCUCCUCGAAGGGAAACUGGACUGCAGAAGAGGAUGACAUACUUCGCAAAGCUGUUGAAACUUACAAAGGGAAAAAUUGGAAAAAGAUAGCUGAGUGUUUUCCAGGUAGGACUGAUGUACAAUGUUUGCAUAGGUGGCAGAAGGUUUUGAACCCUGAACUUGUUAAAGGGCCAUGGUCCAAAGAAGAAGAUGAAAUCAUUAUUCAGAUGGUAAACAAACUUGGGCCAAAGAAAUGGUCAACCAUUGCCCAAGCUCUGCCUGGACGUAUUGGAAAGCAAUGCCGGGAAAGGUGGCAUAAUCAUCUUAAUCCUGGGAUCAACAAGGAUGCGUGGACACAAGAAGAGGAAAUCAAGCUUAUCCAUGCUCAUCAAACUUAUGGAAACAAAUGGGCUGAACUGACGAAAUUUUUACCAGGAAGGACAGACAAUGCAAUAAAAAAUCAUUGGCACAGCUCGGUGAAGAAGAAAGUCGAUUCAUACAGAGCAUCUGGUUUACUGGCUCAAUUCCAGGGCCUAACACCUGUUGAAUACACUGCUGGUGGUUUAAAUGUUGAUUCUUCAUCUGCAAUGACCAACCAAAUUAGUGAAGACAGUGGUUUUAAUGUUUGUCGGGAGGUGGAAGAUUCGACAGAGUUAAGUCAAUCAUCGUUUGUGAAGGGUUCUUGCUCUCAGGAGGAGCAAACUGAUGUGGCUUUGGGAUCUCAUUUAAACGUGCAUGAAUCAUUGUGCCAGGAUGGUUUCACUAAUGCUGACAAUGUUGCUUCUGCUUUACCUGAUAUGCAUCACCAGUUAUCCACUUCUGACAUGGAUCAAGGUAAACACUUGCAGGAAGAGUUUUCUCAAGGAAUGGAUUUGGAUAAACACUUGCAGCAAGAGUUUUCUCAAGGAAUGGAUUUGCAUCUUGACAUAGAUGAAGUGCCAAACAAUUUUGUGAUUACAGAUAGCCAGGCAUCCAGUGAGCUUGCAGGUCAAUUUCAGGACACACAGAUUAUGCACAAUUUAGAAAAUGAUGGAGGAUCUCUAAUACCGUGUGCUGUAACACCAUGUGUUCCCAUCUUACCUAGUGUUUCUGAAUGUGAGCAUAACAUAAAUAUGAUGAGUGAAGUGAGCAUAAAAAAUGAUAACUGUUUCCACCCUGAACAGUGGCAGGAUAUUUCCAUUCAACCAGGUGUGUAUUCUUCUGAAGCUGCAAGCAACUUUUCAGCGCCACUUUGCCCAUUGAAGACAUCUGAACCUGCAAGCAACUUUUCAGUGCCACUUUGCCCAUUGAAGACAUCUGAACCUGCAACCAUGAUGGGCGACCAUUUGUAUUAUCAGAGUUCUGAAACAUCAUUACCACCGUCCUUCAUUUUUUCAGAUGUUGCUUCUAAUGCAUCUGAUGUCAAAUUUGAGACAAGUCACUGUUGCCAAGAUUUGGAGAUUAAAACUUGCUACAAUGCUUCUGGUGAUCCUGGUCAAAAUUCAUACAUCAGCACCGAAGAUGACAGAAACCAGACUUCUGAACCUAUGGACAGCAUACCAGAACCUGAAAAGGAACAACUGGUUGAUCUUGACCAAUCAUGUUUGGAGCCUACAGCCUACAAUGGAGAAGAAGCAUUACCAAGUCAGGGUGACACUGUGUUAAGCGAUAAGGAGGAUGCCGGAGCUUUAUGCUAUGAACCUCCUUGCUUUUCAAGUUUUGAAGUUCCCUUUGUCAGCUGCGAGCUUGUAACCUCUAGCGAUCUCCCAGAAUAUAGUCCUCUUGGCAUUCGAGAGCUGAUGAGAUCAUCCUUAAACUUCCCUACUCCAGUAAGAUUGUGGGGCUCCCCAACUCGUGAUGGCAGUCCUGAUGCUGUGCUAAAAAAUGCUGCCAAAAGUUUCGUACGCACCCCGUCCAUAAUGAAAAAACGUCCGAGGGAUCUCUCAUCUCCUAGUCCUGAUAUAAGAAAUGAAAAGAAAUCAAAUACUGAAAAGGAUUGUGGGAGGUCAGGAAUGUCCUCUACAAGAAUAGGGAAGUCUUUCAUGGAUAUCCCUGAUGAUUUUUUUGAUUUAAUUUCACCGAGAUCUGCAUUUCAAAAGAAGCUCAAGCUUUCUCAAGAAAACAAAGAAAAUUUGGAUCAAAUUACUGAUCAGGGAGAAAAUGAAGGCAAUGCAAAGCAUUCUGCAGGGAUUCUUACUGAGAGCAGUGUCGACAACCAAAAUACUCCUAAGCAUGCUCCAAAUUAUGAAAGUCAGAGGCUAAAUACCAGCACAAAGGCUUUGUCCAACUCUAAAGACAUAAUAUUUUCUAGAUCAAAACCAUCUGAACUUCUUGUAGAUAAAUCUGCACCCUUCAUUGAUGCAGAGUAUGAGUAUGUGAACAUAUUGGCUGACACUCCAGGUAUUAAAAGAGGCUUAGAAUCUCCUUCUGCAUGGAAGUCUCCUCUGUUCACACCAUUCAAGGAUGCGUACUUCAUGAGCCCAGCAAGCAGAUCGGUCGAUGCCUUAGGAUUGGUGAAGCAGAUUAAUGAGCAGAGUGCUGCUGCUCUAGAGGAAGCGCAUGAGGUUCUGGCAAGUGGUAGCCCAUGGAAACGACAUAGCAAGGAAAACUCUGACAAAGAAAAUAUAGAAAAUGUAGCUUGGAAGAAUGAACUUGCAACAAGCAAAUCUCUAUCCAAACUCAUGGCAGAAGGACGGGUGCUCGAUUUCAAUGAAUGCUCCACGCCUGUGAGGAAGAAAGAAGAUAAGAAAAUGGACAUAGGAGGAUCGGCGAGCUCCCCUGUUGCUUCCUCUUAUCUUCGGAUGAAUGUGCGGUAGCUCUUUUAGGGAGACUUGGGGCAUGCUUCACCGAUGCUGUUGAUCAGUAUGUACAUGUCUGUUGUUCCCGUAAAUUCAUACCCUCCUUGCCCCCUCCCCCCUUUUGAUAUACACAUUCCAAUUAGCCCCUUAUUCUUUGUAUUUGGCACCCGAAAAGUCAAUUAUAAAAGGCAACACAAUUUGUGUAAUGUUUUUUUUUACGGGAACAAUUUGUGUAAUGUUGAGAGACAUAUCUUUUGACUUUAUAUCCUAAGGGUAUAUAUUUAAGUUCUGAGUACGUUAUGAAA